AGCUGUCGCGGGCCGGGGCGGUUGGACUGGCUGCUGAUUCUCGUGGCCAUGGAGUGGGGUUCGGAGUCGGGGGCCGUGAGGCGGCACCGCAUCGGAGGGGAGCGCCGGGACGGCCCGGCGGCCGCGCAGCAGCCGGAGAGGGAGGCCCUGGCGCAGGAGCCCCUGGCGGACGCGUGUGGCGGCGGCGGCGGCGGCGCAAGGACGCGGAAGCGGAGCGGGGAGGGGAGCGGCGGCGGCGCGAGCCGGGGCGCGGGGACCGCGCUGUCUGAGGCGCGCGCCGCGCUGGGGCUAGCGCUCUACCUGCUCGCGCUGCGGGCGCUCGUGCAGCUCUCGCUGCAGCAGCUCGUGCUCCGCGGGGCCGCUGUGGGCCGCCAGGGAGAGUUCGACGCGCACCGAGCCAGGGAUUAUCUUGAACAUAUAACAUCCAUUGGCCCCAGGACUACAGGAAGUCCAGAAAAUGAAAUUCUGACAGUACAUUACCUUUUGGAACAGGUUAAACUGAUUGAAGUUCAAAGCAACAGCCUUCACAAGAUUUCAGUAGAUGUACAACGGCCCACAGGCUCCUUUAGCAUUGACUUCUUGGGAGGGUUUACAAGCUACUAUGACAACAUUACCAAUGUUGUGGUAAAGCUGGAACCCAGAGAUGGAGCCCAGCAUGCUGUCCUGGCUAACUGUCAUUUUGACUCAGUGGCGAAUUCACCAGGUGCCAGCGAUGACGCAGUUAGCUGUUCAGUGAUGCUGGAAGUCCUUCGUGUCUUGUCGACAUCUUCAGAAGCCUUAUAUCAUGCGGUCAUAUUUCUCUUUAAUGGUGCUGAGGAGAACAUCUUGCAAGCCAGUCAUGGUUUUAUUACCCAGCACCCCUGGGCCAGCUUGAUCCGUGCGUUUAUUAACUUGGAGGCAGCAGGUGUAGGAGGGAAAGAACUUGUAUUCCAAACAGGUCCUGAAAAUCCUUGGUUGGUCCAAGCUUAUGUCUCAGCAGCUAAACACCCAUUUGCUUCAGUGGUGGCUCAGGAGGUUUUCCAGAGUGGAAUCAUUCCCUCAGAUACUGACUUCCGGAUCUACAGGGAUUUUGGGAACAUUCCAGGAAUAGACUUAGCUUUUAUUGAGAAUGGAUACAUUUAUCACACCAAGUAUGAUACAGCGGACCGAAUUCUAACAGAUUCCAUUCAGAGAGCAGGUGACAACAUUUUAGCAGUUCUUAAAUAUCUAGCUACAUCUGAUAUGUUGGCUUCUUCUUCUGAGUAUCAACAUGGAAACAUGGUCUUCUUUGAUGUGCUUGGCCUGUUUGUCAUUGCCUACCCGUCUCGUGUUGGCUCAAUAAUUAACUAUAUGGUGGUAAUAAUGGCUGUUGUUUUAUACCUGGGAAGGAAAUUACUGCAUCCCAAAUAUAAAACUGCUACCUACACAAAGGACUUCUUCUGUGGACUUGGCAUCACUCUGAUAAGCUGGUUUACCAGCUUGGUUACAGUUCUCAUUAUAGCAGUAUUCGUCUCCCUUAUUGGACAGUCCCUCUCAUGGUAUAACCACUUCUAUGUCUCCGUUUGUCUGUAUGGAACUGCAGCUGUAGCCAAAAUAAUAUUCAUACAUACCCUUGCAAAAAGAUUUUAUUAUGUGAACGCCAGUGGCCGGUACCUGGGAGAAGUAUUUUUUGAUGUCUCGUUGUUUGUACACUGUGGGUUCCUUACAGCUCUCACUUACCAGGGGCUCUGCUCUGCAUUUAUCAGCGCUGUCUGGGUGGCAUUCCCGCUGCUCACAAAGCUUUGCGUGCAAAAGGACUUGAAGCAGCAUGGUGCUGGAGGAAAAUUUAUUGUCUUUUACCUUUUGGGGAUGUUUAUUCCAUAUCUGUAUGCACUGUAUCUCAUCUGGGCCGUAUUUGAGAUGUUUACGCCUAUCCUUGGCAGGAGUGGUUCGGAAAUUCCACCUGACGUUGUGCUGGCCUCUGUUUUGGCUGGUUGUACCAUGAUUCUCUCAUCCUAUUUUAUUAACUUCAUCUACCUUGUCAAAAGCACAAAAAGAACAAUGCUAAGUUUAACUUUGGUAUGUACAGUUACAUUCCUCCUUGUUUGCAGUGGAACUUUUUUCCCGUACAGCUCCAACCCUGCCAGUCCAAAGCCAAAGAGAGUGUUUCUUCAGGCUUGUUCUUCUCAGCAUAUAACCAGAACGUUUCAUGGUCUGGAUGGAAACGUAGUUAAACGGGACUCUGGAGUGUGGAUCAAUGGAUUUGAUUAUACUGGCAUGUCCCACAUAACACCUCACGUUUCCGAAGUCAACGACACCGUCCGAGCUGACUGUGAGGAGAGCGCCCCGCUCUGUGGCUUCCCCUGGUAUCUGCCUGUGCACUUCCUCAUCAGGAAAAACUGGUAUCUUCCUGCCCCAGAAGUUUCUCCAAGAGAACCUGCUCAUUUCAGACUUGUAUCCAAAGAACAGACACCCUGGGAUUCCAUAAAGCUGACCUUUGAAGCAACAGGACCAAGCCACAUGUCCUUCUAUGUCCGAACCCACAAAGGGGCUACACUUUCUCAGUGGUCCCUCGGCAACGGCACCCCAGUCACAAGUAAAGGAGGGGACUACUUUGUCUUUUAUUCCCAUGGACUUCAGGCCUCCGCAUGGCACUUCUGGAUAGAAGUACAGGUCUUGGAAGAACAGCCUGAAGGAAUGGUCACUGUGGCCAUUGCUGCCCACUAUUUUUCUGGGGAAGACAAGAGAUCCUCCCAGCUGGAUGCUCUGAAAGAGAAGUUCCCAGAUUGGACAUUUCCCUCUGCCUGGGUGUGCACCUAUAAUCUCUUUGUAUUUUAAUCUUGUGGAUGAGCUCUAAGUACAUGUCCAGUGGGAUUACUCCAUGUGGCAUGGUUUCUCCUUAUGUUGCAUGGACGGUUGUAUGUAAGUCAGUGAAUUUUAACGAGCAUAUGUUCAAAGAGCUUUGUGGGCUAACACUCUUCAGGGCUGAGCAUGAUCUAUAAUGGUUACGCUGUGGAGUAGAGUGCAUGGCCCUUUUGACACUUGAAAAUACCAGUUUUCUGGCACCUAAGCACACGUGGGUACUACACACAUAUAUCAUUUUAUAUGACCUAACGAUAAAAGCCAGCAAACCAGUUUUAAUAGUUGAGCCCUUAGGAUCAAGAAAGAUGCAGAAGGUACUGUAAAUCCGUUGUUAAUGAGACAAACGACAUUUCCAGUUAAAGCCCAAGACUAUUUUUUGGUGUGUGUCAAGUAGACGGUAGGUAAAGUGUCACAGGAGUUAAUGAUAGGUCAUAAGAAAUUGAGAGGAAGACUGGCUUCUGAGGCCCCAGCCUGUGCCAGGAGCUGUGCUGCUCCGGGCUGGUACUAGGGCUCUGGGGCCCUAGUACUCCGAUGUGGAAACCUGUACUGAAGUGGCGGCUCCUGUCCUUCAGACACGUGGUCACUAAGAUCCAUUAUUGGGAUGCUUUUCUGAGGUGGUUUUCAAUACCUGUUUCCUUCUGGGGUUUCGAGGCUCUUUUUUUUAAGAAUCUUCUUAUCCAAGGUUAAUCCUUCAGGGCAUGAUAUUAUUGAUGCACUGGGUCCUUGUUUUCUAGCCAACUGAACAGGUUAGUCUCUCAGUAACUCACUGUGUCUGGCAGAGCUGGCUUCCCUGAGACCCGAGCCUGUGGCUUGCACUGGAGUGUCCUUCUGUAACUGUCCUCACAGCUGUCGGGGCUUAGGUCCUGCACAGCAGCAGCUCUAGGACUUAGAGCUGCUUUUCACGUUGAGGAGCAUGGCUGUUGGCUCCAGCAGUGGAAGAGUUUGGUGAGAGCAAUGGUAAAUUCUGCUGGCUUUCUUUUUUUCCAUUAAAAAUACAAAAAGUUAGUUUUUGUUUUCAGCAAGUCUAGGCUAAAAAAACCUUUUUUUAAAAAGAAAAGCCAUAGUGAAACAAACAAUACAGUGGCGCUCAAAUCUACCUGAACAGAAAGAGCACAGUAGUAGGUGUCUUUGAAGUUACUUCUUAAAGCUGCUUGUCCGAUGUAUACAGUGCACAUUCUGAAUCAUGCUCCUCAUAUGUCCUUAAAAGCUGCGCCCACAGACAGGCGUACAGCCAGAGCUGAACGGUGGUACCGUGCUGUCACACGCAUGGACACUGGACCCAGUGCUUUUCCUGGACUUUGUAAGAACCGUAGAGUUGACCCUUAAACAACACAGGGGUUAAGAGUGCUGACCUCUGCAUGCAAGGUUUUGCAUCUGUGGAUUCAACUAUGGAUCAUGUAGUACUGUAAUAUCCAUUUAAUGAAAAAUCCCUGUAUAAUUGGACCUGUAGCUCAAACCCAUGUUGUCAAGGUUCGGCUGUGUCACUAGUCUUAGAUAAUUCAAGUGACACACAAAGUCUGCACUGUUGAUAGCUUCUAUAGACUCACAAUUGUGGAGAAAAAUAGUAUCUAAAUGAAUUUCAAAAUACAGGCAUAUUUUCUGUUCUUGUGGUUAAUCUGAAAUAGACUACUGGAAAUUAUUUAUAGGGAAAAGAAAAGCAAAGGGCAUUACCUGAGUUCCCUGUGAUUCCCGCCCACCACCUCCUUGGGAAGCAUGUUGUUAACUCCUUUUUAAUGAUCAUCAUGGUUUUCUUUUUGCCUUUAUUUUCCUAUGUGGACAGUUCGCUCUUGUUUUGGUUUUCUGUGGCAUUAUAAAGCUCUAAUGUUGUAGAAGGUCAGUAACAAGCACAUGAGACUCAGGGUAUGCUUAAUAUUCUGGGCGACUGCUUUAAUGCCAAAAAUCGUUAAAUAAUUGCACACAAUACUCAUGGCUCUUAAUAUGCACACCGUCAGAUCAGCAAUCUGAAGAACUUGUUAGUUUUUGCACAGCACUGCACAUCUGGGAAAAGUGUGAAGGAUUGUGAUUUUGGAGAAAUUCUUAAAAAUUUACCUAAGAAUGACGGUUGCAUGCAGUACUUCUGUUUCCAUACUUUAGCAGAUGUACAUAGGCAUGAGCGGAUUUCUAAAUCGUCACCACCACUUAAGAAGCCAGCCUGCGGACUCAGGAAGCUGUGGAAGAAGGAAUAUGUCCAUUUCUUUUCACUGGCUUGCUAGGGAUGAAUUGUUGCCUUACAGUUUAACUGAAAUAAACAUGUUAAAUACUAGUCAGUAUCAUUAACAGAGAAACAGAGCAUCAUUGUUUAUAUUUUCCUGUAAUCCCCUCAUCUGAAGAAUUAUUUUAAAUCCAUAAAGCCUUUUAGAGCUUUUAAAAAAAAAAAAAACUUUGCUGUUAGAAAGACCUAGUUGGCUCCUGUGGGUAUAAUUGCUAUUUUAAAAGGUCAUGUGAGCAAAGAACUCAACAUGGCUUCAACUGGAAUCCAUUUUACUGUGGAAUGAAAUUGUGCGUUUGAAUUUCACAGAAAUUAAAUGUUGAACCUACAGCCUUUUGAGCAGGUUUAUCAUCAUUGUUGGCAAAGAAAAUCACUGAAGGGCUAAUAAAGGAUGUUCUUUCAUUGGGGGAUGCAGGGCAGGGGGAGAAAAUACUAUCUUUCAGCCAGAGUGACCCGCUGCUCACAAGGAAGGCACCACCCCCAGGCCCCCAAGUAGAGAACCCACUUGUGAGCUCCAAGAGCUCUGUGCAAGUUACCUCCCUUCCAAGUGAGUUCCCUCAGAACAGUUCAGCAAAAGGUGAAGCAGCCAAAUAACUUAUGUUCUUAAUAAUACUUUGUCUUUUAGGGCCAAUAAAGCCAAAAUGCAUCUAUGCCUCC